GAGUCCACAGAGGGCGCUAAAACGUCGAAGCGUUCAAACCUGACAUUUCCGAGCCUGCAAAAAGACAGUGAAGGCAUCGGCUUCAGGAUUCGUCGAGACUGGAGUUUCGACGAACUUAAGACCUGUUUUAGGAUCCGACCAGGAAACCCACCUUAAACAAAACCAACCUAAACAAGAAGCCGGUUCUCAUAUUUAACCAAGACUAGAACCAUGCCCGUCACCGAGAAGGACCUUGCGGAGGACGCGCCGUGGAAAAAGAUCCAGCAGAAUACCUUCACACGCUGGAUAAAUGAGCACCUACGGUCCGUCAACAAGCGGGUUGUGGAUCUCCAGCUGGACCUAGGAGAUGGUCUCCUACUCGUCGCACUGCUGGAGGUUCUGAGCCACAAAAAGAUGUUUCGGAAGUUCCACUCCAGGCCCAACUUUAGGCAAAUGAAGCUGGAGAACGUCUCUGUGGCCCUGGAGUUUUUGGAGCAGGAGAACAUUCGCCUGGUCUCUAUAGACUCAAAAGCAAUCGUGGAUGGGAACCUAAAGCUGAUCCUGGGUCUGGUCUGGACACUGAUCCUGCACUACUCUAUCUCUAUGCCAAUUUGGGAGGGAGAGGAGGAGACAGAGUCAAAAACCCCUAAACAGCGCCUCCUGGGCUGGAUUCAGCAAAAAGUCCCAGAUCUUCCCAUCAGCAACUUCAGACAGGACUGGAGAGAUGGGAAAGCCCUGGGAGCCCUGGUGGACAGCUGUGCUCCAGGCCUGUGUCCAGACUGGGAAACCUGGGAUCCAGUUAAACCAGUAGAAAAUGCCACAGAGGCCAUGCAGCUAGCUGACGAUUGGCUGGGAAUCCCACAGGUGAUUGCUCCAGAGGAGAUCAUCGACCCCAGUGUGGAUGAACAGUCAAUCAUGACCUACUUGUCGCAGUUUCCUAAAGCUGAACUGAAACCAGGAGCUCCACUGAAACUGAAACUUAACCCAAAGAAGACCAGGGUCUAUGGACCAGGAAUUGAACCCACAGGAAACAGAGUCCUGUGUCCUGCCAUCUUCACUGUGGACACGUUCAGUGCGGGUCAAGGUCAGGUCACUGUUUACCUGGAGCAUCCAGAUGGCACAAGAGUGGAGCUGGAGGCGGAGCCUAAUGAAGGAAUGAAGACAUACAACGUUGCAUAUGUCCCUCAGCUCCCAGGAAUGCACAAGGUCACUGUGCUGUUUGCCGGACAGCAAAUUCCUAAAAGUCCAUUUGAAGUGGGCGUGGACAAAGCAAUGGGUGAUGCCUCAAAGGUGUCCGUGAAAGGUCUGGGAAUCGAACCCGCGGGAAAUGUUGCCAAUGAGGUCACACACUUCAACAUAUUCACAACAGGUGCAGGUAGUGGAGACGUGACUGCGAUGAUCCGUGACCCUCAGGGUCAGUUAAAUACCGUGGAACUGAUGAUGGAGGACAAAGGCGACAGUGUGUACCGCUGCACCUACAGACCCACUCAGGCUGGACAACACUCCAUCAACAUAAUGUUUGGAGGGGCUGCCAUUCCCAAUAGUCCCUUUAUUGUGGAUGUGGGCGCUGCUUGUGCCCCUGCGGCGUGCAAAGCCACAGGUCGGGGCCUCCAGCCUACAGGUCUAAGGAUCAAACAGGUGGGAGACUUCAGGGUGGACACCAGGAAGGCUGGCAGUGGGGACCUGAAGGUCAAGGUCACAGGUCCUGAUGGUGUGGACCGGCCACUGACACCCGUCUCCUGUCAAGAUGGCGUGUUUUCCUAUCAGUUCACUCCAAACGUUCCUGGAAAACACAACGUGGGCAUCACUUGGGGCAGCGGGCACAUUCCUAAGAGUCCAUUUGAGGUGAAUGUGAGCCCAGAGCCGGGACCUCAGCAGAUCCGGGCCUGGGGACCUGGUCUGGAAGAAGGCAUUGUGGGUAAAGCUGCCACCUUUGUGGUGGAGUCCAUAGGUACCAACGUUGGAGUCCUGGGUUUUGCCAUUGAGGGACCGUCUCAGGCAAAGAUUGAGUGUGAGGACCGGAACGAUGGGUCAUGCGAUGUGCUCUACUGGCCCACAAAACCAGGCGAAUAUGCCGUCCAUGUGACCUGUGAUGAGGAGGACAUUGAACACAGUCCUUUUAUGGCCUGCAUUGUCCCAGAUACCAACAGCAGCAACCCUGAAAAGGUCAGCCAUGGUUUGAUGUAUGAAAAUACACGUCUUAUGUUUGACUCGGAUGGAAUUCCUGUGGAGGUGAUGGUCAAAGAACAGGAGGCAGGGCUGUUCACCUGCUUGUACACACCUACUUCAGCCCAGAAACACACAGUGUCCACGACAUGGGGUGGAGUCAGUGUGCCGGGCAGCCCAUUCAGGGUCUCUGUGGGUAAAGCAAGUCAUCCAGAACUGGUCAAGGUUUGUGGACCCGGAAUAGAAAGAACUGGACUCAAGGCCACAGAACCAACCCACUUUACCGUGGACUGUUCUGAAGCUGGAGAUGGAGACGUCAGUGUGGGAAUUAAAUGUGACGGUCAUGUGAUCAGCGAUUCCAAAGAGGUUGAUGUGGAGUUCGACAUCAUUCCCAACGCCAAUGACACCUUCACCGUUAAAUAUGUUCCUCCCUCCCCAGGAACUGUCACUGUCAGAGUAUUGUUCACUGAACAGGAAGUUCCACAUAGUCCUUUCCAAGUCAAUGUUGUGCCUUCCCAUGAUGCAUCAAAGGUCAAGGUUGAAGGUCCUGGACAGGAAAAAAGUGGUGUGGAGACAGGAAAACUGACCCACUUCAAGGUUCUGACCCGAGGUGCUGGAAAAGCUCCUUUACAUGUGUCAUUCUCUGGAUCAGUCGAAGACUUUGACAUUAUUGAUAACUAUGACUACUCCUACACUGUAAAAUACACACCUGUCCAACAGGGGGAGUUGGAAAUCUUUGUAAAGUUUGGAGGAGAUCUGAUCCCCAAUAGUCCGAUUGUGGUGGACGUGGCUCCUCCUCUGGACCUCAGCAAAAUCACCGUGGACAACCUGAUUGGACGAGUGGAAGUGGAUCAGGAGCAGACAUUUGAGGUAUACACACAGGAUGCAGGAGGUCAAGGUCACCUGCAGGUGAUGGUGCUUAGUCCCAGUGAGAGGCUUCUAGAAUGUGAAGCAAAUCCUCUUCCCAGGAAAACUGGGAAUGGGUCUACGUUUGGUUUCCGGCCUACAGAAGAGGGCAUCCAUUUUGUCAAUGUGUCAUAUGACGGACAUCCCGUUCCUGGGAGUCCAUUUCAGUUUGAAGCUCAGCUGCCACCAGACCCUAGCAAGGUGAAGGUGGCUGGCCAAGGUCUUAGUGGAGGACUGGUGGGGAACCCAGCUGAGUUCUCCAUUGACACGACAGGUGCCGGUACGGGUAGUCUGGGCCUGACGGUGGAAGGUCCAACUGAAGCCAAGAUCGAGUGUUCAGACAAUGGAGAUGGAACCUGCUCUGUGUCCUACAUGCCAACAGAACCUGGAGAGUACCUGGUCAAUGUCCUGUUUCAGGAGGUCCAUGUCCCUGGGUCCCCCUUCAGAGCGCACAUCCAGAGACCCCUAGACCCUUCGAAAGUUCUGGCUUCAGGAGCAGGACUGAUAAGGGCCAAGGUUGGAGAAAUCAGCGUUGUGAAUGUGGACUGUUCACAGGCUGGACCAGGUAAACUCAGUUUGGAGGCUGUUCCAGACCUUACCUCCUCCUUUCCUUCAGAGUCAGGUGUAAGGACUCAAACGGAGGUGGUGGACCAUGGUAACGGAACCUUCACUGGGACCUACCUCCCUCUGACCUCUGGUUUCCACACUGUGUUGCUUAAAUAUGGGGGAAAAACUGUUCCGGGUUUUCCAGCCGUGGUACCGGUGGAAGCUGCUGUAGACACAUCCAGGAUCAGAGUGUUUGGACCUGGCAUUGAGGGACAAGCUUUUUACAGAGAAGCCACCACUGAGUUUACAGUAGAUGCCCAACAUCUGACCAGUCAAGGAGGAGACCACAUAAAGGCUGACAUCAGAAACCAGUCUGGAACUUUGACUGACUGUGAGGUCAUAGACAAUGCCGACGGAACCUACACUGUGGAGUACACACCCAUUGAGAAUGGUGUCCAUAGCAUCCAAGUUCUGUAUGAUGACACUCCAGUUCCUCAAAGUCCUUUCAGUGUGUCUGUGUCAGAGGGCUGUGACCCCAGCAGGGUGGUGGCAACUGGCAAUGGAAUCCAACAUGGUGUCACUGGAAAAUCCAACAAAUUCACCAUUAUCACUAGGGGUGCCGGUAUCGGAGGUCUGGGCAUCACAGUGGAAGGACCGUCAGAGUCCAGGAUGUCCUGUGAGGACAACAAAGAUGGCAGCUGCAGCGUGGACUAUGUUCCCUUCACUGCGGGAACGUACGACAUCAACGUUACUUACGGUGGAGAACAUAUCUCCGGAAGUCCAUUCACAGUCAAGGUAAAGGAUACAGUGGACUCUGCAAAGGUCAAAGUGACCGGACCAGGAGUGGGGUCAGGUGUUCGGUGCCACGUCCCACAAUCCUUUACUGUGGACUGCAGGAAGGCAGGUGUGGCUCCACUGGAAGUGGUCAUCACAGGUCCGGAGGGUGUGACUGAGCCUGUGGAGAUAAAGGACACUGGAGAUGGGAAGCACACAGUUUCCUACACCCCAUCUCUGGAGGGACAGUAUGAGGUGGCCAUCAAAUAUGCAGGGGAAGAGGUCCCCUGCAGUCCCCUCACAUUCCGGGUCCUGUCUUCUUAUGAUGCCAGUGAAGUCAGAGUCAGCGGUCCUGGGCUAAGCAGCAAUGUUCCUGCCAGCUUCCCAGUUGAAUUUGACAUUGACACCAAAGGUGCAGGACAUGGUCAAUUAAGCGUGCACAUCACAGACCAGGCCGGAAACAUCAAGCAGCCCAGCAUCCGGGAAAGUGGAGACAGAACUCACCAGGUUUCUUAUGUUCCGGAUUGUAUUGGCCAAUACACUAUUGCCAUUAAGUACGGAGGCCACGACAUCCCUGCCUCGCCCUAUAAGGUCCGUGCAAUGCCCACCGGAGACGCCAGCAAGUGCACAGUCACUGGUCCUGGUGUGAGUCCCAUGGUAGCCAUUGGAGAGGAACUGGGUCUGGUGGUAAAUGCCAAGGAGGCAGGCAGAGGAAAAGUGAGCUGUGUGGUGAUUCCACCUGAUGGCGGUGAGAUGGAGACCAAGAUUCUGGACAACGAAGACGGAACCUUUGACAUUUUCUAUGUUGCUGAGACCCCCGGUGACUACAUCAUCCAUGUCAGAUUUGGAGGGGAGAACAUCCCGCACAGUCCCUUUAAGGUCACGGCCACUGAUGAGAUUCCCCUGAUGCAACAGCAGAGCUCACUGCAGCAACAGGCCACUCCUCCUCAAGUCGGCUUUCAGCCCUGGGUAACAGAGAGCUACGAGCUAAUCAGCAGCUCUGCAGCUGUGAAUGGGCGCAGCUUCAGACCUUUUGACAUGGUGAUCCCAUUCUCUUUCAAAAAGGGUGUCAUCACUGGGGAUGUUCUGAUGCCAUCAGGAAAAACGGCUGAGCCUGUGAUCAUAGAUAAUCUUGAUUCUACUGUGACUGUUCAGUACUCGCCCAGUGAGGCUGGUCUGCAUGAGAUGCACAUCAAAUAUAAUGGCACACACAUUCCAGGUGAGCACACACAGAGCUGUUAUUAUAGAACUACUUUUGAGGAUAAACAGCGACGCUCUCAGGUCAAACUGGGCUCUGCAGCAGAUUUCUCUCUGGACAUCCCUGAGACCGACCUCAGUCUAUUGACAGCCAGAAUCACAGCACCGUCAGGGAGAGAGCAGCCGUGUCUGCUGAAGAGGAUGGUCAACAAUCACAUUGGGAUUUCCUUCAUCCCUCAGGAGGUUGGUCAACACCAGGUCAGUGUCCUGAAGAAUGGUUGUCACAUAGCCAACAGUCCCAUCGGCAUCAUGGUCGUCCAAUCAGAGAUUGGUGACGCCAGCAGAGUCAGAGCUUACGGAGUCGGCCUCGCCCAGGGAACAACGUUCACAAACAGCCACUUCACUGUGGACACUCGUGAGGCGGGUUAUGGGGGUCUGGCUUUGUCCAUUGAAGGUCCCAGUAAAGUUGACAUCCAGACAGUUGACAUGGAGGAUGGGACAUGUGGCGUGACUUACUGUCCCACUGAACCUGGCAGCUACAUGGUCUCAAUAUGUUUUUCUGAAGAACACGUUCCAGGAAGUCCAUUCACGGUAAAAGUCACAGGUGAAGGUCGUGUCAGGGAAAGCAUCAGCAGGCGUCAGAAGGCGGCGUCCGUUGCGACUGUAGGCAGUGUGUGUGAUCUGAGUCUGAAGAUACCAGGGGUUGAAACCGAAAAUGUCGUCGCAGAGGUCACAGCGCCCUCUGGAGCUCACCAUCCUGCAGAGGUAGUCGGCGUGGGUGGCGAUACCUACUGCGUUCGCUUUGUGCCCACAGAAAUGGGUGUGCACUGUGUGAGUGUGAAAUACAGGGGUGUGCACGUGCCAGGAAGCCCCUUUCAGUUCACUGUGGGGCCACUUCUGGAGGGUGGAGCUUCCAAGGUCAGAGCAGGAGGUCCAGGUCUGGAGGAAGCUCUGGCAGGAGAACCAGCUGACUUCUCUGUCUGGACUCGUGAGGCUGGGGCUGGUGGUCUGUCCAUCGCAAUGGAAGGACCCAGCAGGGCUGAGCUGUCCUUCAAUGACCGUAAAGAUGGGUCAUGUGACGUGUCGUAUGUGGCCCAGGAGCCUGGUCAUUACGAGAUUUCAGUGAAGUUCAACGAGCAGCACAUUCCUGACAGUCCCUUCCUGGUUUCAGUGGUUGCUCCAAUGAAUGAUGUUCGCCGCCUGACUGUCAGUGGUCUACAGGACUCGGGUCUGAAGGUAAAUCUCCCAGCAUGCUUUACAGUGUGUUUGAACAAAGCUGAGGGGAAGGUGGAGGCCAGGGUCUGGAGUCCGUCUAAAGUGGUGGUGCCGUGUAUGGUGAGCCAGUUGGACAGAGACCAGUUGACCGUCAGCUUCACCCCCACAGAGACUGGACUUCACACAGUUGAGGUCACCUUCAAUGGUUGUCAUGUGUCUGGAAGUCCAUUCCAUGUCAGAGUCGGAGACAUGAGUGGGACCAAAGAGCCUGGUCUCGUCACAGCCUAUGGAUCCGGACUAGAUAGUGGAACCACAGGAAUCGAGUCAGACUUCAUCAUCAACAAUACUAAGGUAGGCUCUGGGGCCUUGGCUGUGACCAUUGAGGGCCCCUCCAAGGUGAAAAUGGACUGCCAGGAGGUUCCUGAGGGAUACCAGGUGCGGUACUCACCCAUGGCACCAGGAGACUAUUUGAUUAGCAUCAGGUACGGAGGUCCCGAACACAUCAGGGGCAGUCCAUUCAAGGCCAAGGUCACAGGUGAGGUUCCCGCAAAUUCUCCAACCAGUCAUUCCUGCUUCUACUCAGGUACAAAUGUUCUGCUGGUUGGUUUCCAUGGACCUCAGGUUUCCUGUGAGGAGGUUCUGGUCAAACAUCUAGGAGACUUGCAGUAUGAUGUCAGUUACAUUCUGAGAAAGGCUGGAACUUAUCAGCUGAUAGUGAAGUGGGGUGAUGACCAUGUUCCUGGUUCCCCAUUUCAUGUUCUUGUUAUGUAAUGCACCAGGAAGAUUGCACCAGAAAAACCUGAAAGCUGUUUGGUUUUUACUACUGUGUCAUCAUAAAACAAGGAAAACUUCCCGUGUCUCCUGAUUUUAUCUUUUCUUUUUUUUUUAUGGUUUUUAAAAACAUUUUCUUUUCAGAACAUUUGUUUGCUUCAAAAGGUAUCAAGUUUCCAAGUCAAAUUUCAAGAUAAGUCAAAUUUCCAUGUUUUCUGAUCCAGAAACAAACGUUGGAAUCAAAUAUUUCCUUCCUCAGCUUUAAGAGAAUUCUAUGAUAAAAUAAAAUUACAAAUUUAGUACAUGAAAUCAAAUUUAAGAAAGACAACAGCAUUCUAGUUCUACUGACCUUUAUUCAAAGAGACAAAGCCAAAUCAGAUUGGAGAGAAGAAUUCAAAAACAUAACCAGCAUAAUUGUUAUUUAUCAUUAAAAUCAUUAAAAACUGGUUUCUGCUUCUUUUUUUUAUUUUAAUGGAAAACAACAAUGACCAGAGAGAUGAUGAUGAUAUACCUGAAAAUAAAAGUCAGCAGCAACUGGAUGAACAUUGUCUCUUUUAAAAUGUUUGAUCAGCAACCACACAAUAAUCUGUUAGAGGAAGUUGUACUCCCAUGAGAAUAUUUUUUGCAGAAAAUAGUAAAUGUUGAAACAAAAUAAGUCAAAAGUUGGAACCAAUUAAAGAUAACAAUAUCAUAUUUUAAUAACAAUUAAAUAAGAUUUUGAAUCUAAUAUACUCUUGUAUAUUUCUCUUUACAUUUUCCCAUAUUAAUAAUUUCAUCAUUUUGACUAAACACAAAUAAACAGUUGAGAAAUACAAACAA